AUCAAUUUUGAGUUGCCGGUACUGUAUACCCGUAGUCGCUCAUUUUCAUCCGUGAUUCUUCGGAGGCCGGAAGCAUUCCUCUCCCGCUGCCUGCUUUUUACAGAGUGUGAGGCUUGAGGAAGGCGACUGCCAUGGUAGUCAUCUUAGUGACGUCGAUAUUGGCGGGUCUCUUAUGGGCAGUAAUUCAAUUCCUGCACGAGUUUCUCCUGCGACGACGUGCUCCUCCUGGGACCAGGCUUCCCCCCAUGCCACCCGCGAGCAUUUGGUCGGGGCACAAUGAGCUUUACGACAUCAACUUCCACUGCAACAGUGCCAUCGAAUGGGGGAAGAAGUAUGGACCAGUCAUCAGACUAAGGAAGAACUUGAGGACCAUCGUUCUGCUAAACGACUUGGAAAGUAUUAAGAAAUUCUGCAACACGAAAGAACUGUUGUGCCACUCCACGGUGUUUACGUUAUUUCGAGAAAAUAACCAAGGUGUCGGAAUACUUAACGGGAAAGCAUGGUCCGAAAACAGAAGAUUCUGCCUGAGCAUGCUGCGUGACCUCGGUUUUGCAAAGACAGCUAUGGAAGACAACAUGAUGGAGGAGUUCAUGCGUACCGCUGAGACAAUCGGCAAAGCUGGAGGGGAACCACUGGACGUUCGCGGUUACCUGUUUUGGAGCAGCUUCAAGAACAUCGCCUGCUUCUUCUACGGGGCCCGGUUCUCGCAUGAUCACCCCACCAUGCGCGAACUGCACAGUGCUAUGGUGGAGCUGAACCCAGCCCUUCAUUCUGGCCAGGUUUACGAGUUCUAUACGCCAACCGUGCGCCGGUUGGUUUCUAUGUUUCCUUUCACCAGGCUGGGCAAAAUUACAAAAGGCACGGCGAAGCUGGAUACAAUUGCCGAGAAACAAGUGCGCGCCUACAAAGAGAAAGAGUAUGGAAACGAAAGCAACGACUUUAUUUGCGGAUACCUUAAAAAGAUUGAGGACGACAAGAAGUUUUCCAGGGGCCUCUUUACCGACGAAUCCCUGGUGGGCAACAUUACCUCAUUCCUGACAGCCGGAACCCUUAGCACCUCAGGAGUGCUUGGCUGGGGAUUGUUUCAGUUCGCACAGAAUGUGGACACAGUCCAAGCUCGUGUGCAGCGUGAAGUAGACGAGGCGGUGGGGCCACAUCGGCAGCCCACCUGGGAAGACAGGAAGCAAAUGCCGUACACACUCGCCUGCAUCUGGGAACUCUUCCGUUGGGCGACUGCGGCUGUUACCGGUGUGCCCAGAGAGGCCAUGGAAGACGUGGUGAUUGGUGACUUCUUCAUCCCUAAGGGAACAGUUGUUCUUUUUAACAUUUGGGCGGUUCAUCACGACCCCAGAUUGUGGAAGAAUCCGAAUAAAUUUGAUCCUUGCCGUUUCCUGAACGAAGAUGGGAUUAGCAUUCGAAACAAGCCCGAAUACUUGAUUCCGUUUUCUAUCGGCCGUCGAAUGUGCCCUGGAGAGACUUUCGCCACGAUUGAGAUCUUCCUGAUGCUGUCACUGCUUGCGCAGAAAUACCGCAUUCUGCCCGAACACCCAGUGGAGUACGAUGUAGACUCAGCGGAGCUCCCUUGGCAAAGCAUGCUGGAUAUGAAGCUGCGUUUCCUGCCUCGGGAAGCUCCCCUUUGCUAAAAACAUUCAUUCAUAAAGUGCACAUUGCUUUCGCGAAACACAUACAUCACU